CACCAUCUCGCACGUCCGUUGCAUUUGCCCAGCGGUCACUUCUUAUCGCAAGCCGCUACCUCCCCCGCAACGACGGACACACAAUGGCAGUCGUCGCAGCGAUUCCCCCGCCCUUCUUCUCGCCCUACCUGGACGACCAGCUUUCAAAGCUCGCGGCCAAGCAGAUCCCCUGGGAGGGAUACCAGCGCGCCAAGCUCCUCUCGCAGGAGGAGUGCACUCUUCUCCGCUCGCUCGAGAAGCUCCCUAUCAACCAGCGCAGUUCGGUCUUUGCGACCCAAGGCCCCCAGUAUGCCAAGCUCUACAUCGACCUCCUGCGCAAGCUCCAGCGCGUCGACACGGUCCAGGCCGUGCUCGUCUCCAUCUCCAACAUGCUCGCGGACCAGAGCACCAUCGCCUACUUCCACGACCUGAGCAAGACCGACGCGCAGGACCCGUACCAGCCGAUUGUCAAGUGCCUGACCAUGGACACUGACGAGGAGUUUGUGCAUCUCGAGAGCUUGAGAAUACUCGCUCUGUUGAUUGCCACCGACGACAAGGACUUCCCCCCCGAGCUCGUUAGCACCUUCCUCUCGUCCGUCUCGUCGAUCCUCAACGGCCCUCGCCUCCAGCCCCGCGAUGUCGCCGCUCAGGUUCUUAACGCUGUCCUCGGCAAGAAGCAGUUCCGCACUGCCGUCUGGAAGGAGGGAGAGUGUAUCUCUGGUCUCGUCAAGUGGCUCAAGCAGAACCCCCAGCCCCAGCAGCAGUACAGCGCCAUCUCGUGUAUCUGGCAGCUGUCGUUCGAGCAGGCUGCUGCUGACGGUCUCGACAAGAAGUACGACAUUGUCGCCCUCUUCAUCGAUAUUGCCAAGAAUGCUGUCAAGGAGAAGGUUAUCCGCGUCGUUGUUGCUACCUUCCGCAACCUCCUGACCAUCUCUCCCGCUGCCAACCUCCCCUCCAUGUUCGUCGUCCGCCUUGCACCAUUCGUCGACUCGCUCCUCGAGCGCAAGUGGUCUGACGAGGACGUUGUUGAGGACCUCAACUGGCUCAAGGACGAGCUCAAGACUCGCCUCGACGGCCUGACGACGUACGACGAGUACACGUCCGAGCUCGAGUCUGGCCACCUGGUCUGGUCGCCAGCGCACGAGUCGGACGACUUCUGGCGCCUCAACACGUCACGCCUCAUCAACGAGAACAACGGCCGUUCCGUUAGGCGCCUGGUCGAGAUUCUCAAGACGAGUCGCGACCCACUGGUGCUGGCGGUCGCUGCCAACGACGUGGGCAAGUUUGUAAAGUAUGGCGGCGACAAGGCCAAGUCGCUCCUCACCGAGCUCCAGGGCAAGACACGCGUCAUGGAGCUUAUGACCAACGAGAACCCGGAUGUCCGGUAUCAGUCUCUUAUUGCUGUGCAGCAGCUCAUGAGCCAGAGCUGGCUUAGUUAAAUGUAGUUUUUAGAGUGCGUAUGUUAUGGUUCCUUCGGCUGGGGUGCGGUGCGAGGCCCGGGGGGGACGUUUCGGCGAACGCAUGUGGCGGCAUUCUUCACCGUCGUGCGUUCAACUGAGUAUCGACUAUGCAUCCUCUUCGCCGAG